AUUCUUAACAUACAAUUAACAAGUAUAUAAAUUGAACAAGAGGGAUCAUUGUUCCUUUGAACUAUAAUAGACUUAUAGUUGUCACGGCAACAAAAAUUCAUCACUAAUUUUGUGAUACUUGAAAUCCCUUACAAGUUUUGUUUGCAAUGAGUGUUUUGAUGUUGCUACAGUCAAGCAAACUACAUACAUACUGCAGUCAAAAGAUAAAGUUGAAUUUGUCAAGAUUGACAGAUGGAUACGUAAAAAGCAAAAAUAUUUAUUAGAAGAUAUCAGUAGCCUUCAAGUGUUUACAAAUUGAAGAUAUAAUAAAGAGGAGUUCUCGAGUGGAUUUCUAUUAACAGAAUGGAUUUGAUGAGCGAUCUAUGUAAAAACAGUUGGGAAAACAAAGGAAUACCAUCUGAAGAUAGAAAAACCUUAACUAGUACCGGAUAUGCGUCGUACAACAUCUUCCGUCGCGCACCAUCAGACGAAAAAGACGAUUGUAUGAAAUAUUACCUCUCGUCGGAUGCCGGUGUACCAUGCCAGGGCGUUUUAUACGGAGCUUCUAGAGACCCAUUGAAAUCGAUAGGUCAUUGUUAUAUGAAAGUAAAGGAAAUAAAAGAUUCGCAUGUUAUUAUUGGAAUCAUAGUAGAAGAUGACUGGGUAGAAAUGAAACAAAGUUUUUUGGACACUAUACACGUACCAGAGCCAGUUAAAAAAGAAGUUAACGAAGUCGAUCUUAGCAUUGGUGGUGAUUUAGACUUGAAUAAAUGGGAGAAAAAGGGUGUGGCACCUAAAAUUAAAUCUGAUAAAGGUUACGUAUUCUACAACUUACUUCGAGACCAUCCAGAAACAAAAGGCGAUAUUCUGAUGUAUUACCUAAGUACAGACGAUGGUAACCUCUUGCAAGCCGAUCUGCAUGCAGCUAAACGUGAUCCUUUAAAAUCUAUUAGUCACUGUUAUCUAAAGAUUGCAAAAGAUGGUGCAAAUAAUAAAAUCACUGGAAUUAUUGUAGAAGAUGAUUGGGUGGAAUUGAAAUAAAUGGAAUUUGAUUGGUUGACAAAGGUGAUAAGGAAAUGUGAUUGGUUAAUGAGAUAUUUGCAAGCAUAUUUUUUUGUCAACAGCAUAAAAACAACAACAUAAAAAUCAAAUGAGAAUUUUCAAGGAAUUGUUUUCUGGUAUAUUUACCAGUUCUUUACAAGUUUUCUUUUUCUUCUUAUUUUAUUAUUAUUUCAUUUACUCUAGCUUACACAUUUCGUCAGUAGGAUAGCGAAUUUGGAAACACGCGAAAUUCGCAAAAAUAAGUGCAGACAAUAUAAAAUGUAUUUUUUUUGAUUGUCAAAAAAGAUCCAAUUCACCCCUUGACUUAUUUUUUCAAAAUUGUUACUAAUACUCUCAAAUUUCUCAAUUGUUAUUUUGAGUAUCAAAUAACAAGGCCUGUAGUGUUUUUUGAUAUUAAAAAAAUCUACAAGUCCUGGGAAUGAAGUUGUAUAAUCAUGCAAUAUACUUGAUACUUUAUAUCUUAUUAUAAUUAUAAUUUUAUAAUUUUUCUUUUUUUUUUGUUUAUUAGUUCAAUAUUUAUCAGAUAUUUUUCUUGUUAGACAAUAUAUUGUUUUGUACAUACCAACUUUUAAUUGAAUUUGAUUUUAAUUUGACAA